AUGGCACGAGUGCAGGUCGGGGCACUGGCGGCACUUCUUGCUGUGUUCGUGUCCACAAGGCAGACUUGGAGCCUGCAGGGAACUUGCUUCGACAAUGUGGAGCAGAUGGCUCAUUGCUGCGAUCAGCCGGAGCGUUGCUUCGGCCCGGACAGCAUGAUGAAAAAUGCCACCUACGAAGACUGUUGCGGACCAGGCUUUCAAGAGUUUAUGAAAAUCUUCUUGAGCAAGGUCGUGAGGGUCGCAGAAGACACGGAGGAGCUCCGGGAGAUGCAGACCAUCAUGAAGGCGUACCUGAUAUUUGUAAACAGCCUUGACACCACUGCUUGGGAGCUGGCUGCCCAAGUUGAAGGCAAGUUGGCGAUAUCCCACUACAACACCCUCACUAUGCAGGAUGCAAAUCAUCAUGUGGGCAUUCAAGGCUUCAUGAAGAAACGGCUGGCGAUCAUGAAGGACCUAAACCACGCCGCCCACUUCUGUGAGAACUUUUUUCAAGUUUUGUGGUACCACCACGCCCAGGCCACCGGUCGGUCGGCUGUCGAGACAGACAUCGAGAGUGUGCGUCCACUCUUCGCACCCACGAUGCAACUGUACGAGGCCAUCCAGGAUGCCUCUGACAGGCUUCUGUACGACAAGAUCGCGGCCAGCUCAGUAUUGCCCGAGGUGUGGCCGGCCCUCGACAACUCACCCGAGGUUGUCCUGGUUGUGAAUGUUGUUGGGAAGUGGGCCUCUGUUGGUGUCGUCACCUUCUGGAGCAUCUUGAAGCACCGUACAACGCCCUUACGGAUCUUCGUAUUUGGGGAUCAAGCAGGGAUCCGAGACUGGCGACACGUCGUGAACGAGAUGAAGUCGGAAGCUCCGCAUGCCAUGCAUCGUGUGCGCUUCGACUACAUCGACGUCUUCCUGCACCCGCGAAUGGUCAACUACUUCAACCGGCUUCCGCAGGAAUGCGCCUCAACCAACAUGAGCAAAGCCUUGUUCGCCCGCCUGGUCUGUCAUGAACUCUUGCCUGGUGAUGUGGCUCGGGCAAUUGCAAUUGACCUCGGUGACAUCCUGGUCUUUGAGGAUAUACUUGGCUUAUGGCGGGAAGGUGAUUUGCUGCAGUCCGACGAGCUGCUGGCGGCAGCAUCACACCGCUCAGCGGAAGAAACGAUGCGCCACACGAAGCCAACGAACCUGAAUGGUGGUGUGGUGUUGUAUGAAGUCGCCCGAAUGAGGGAUUCUGGAUAUACGGAGGACACACUACGAGCCGCACGGGAAGGCCUAAAGCGUGGUUACGGGCACUUCUGCAUGUGGGACCAGGACAUUAUCAACGCCAUGCACCAGGACUUGUGGGGAGGUCGCCGCGUGCGAGUGCUUCCAUGCAGGUGGUCACUGUUUCCCGUGGCAGGAUGGCAGUUUUUCUGGAACACGCCAUCAUUCUGGCUUGAGGAGUUUGUCCAGCGAAGACGAUAUCCGGGAUUUCUGGGCGUCGAUCACUUUGAGCACUUCUGCCCUGGGCCUGUCUUGAUGCUGCACACAAUCUUUGCAUUUGGGGGCAAGAGGGAUCGCCAGUUGGCGCGGGAUGUUGCGCUCGUCCAAGGAACUCGAAAUGAUCAGCCGGGCUCUGCAAUACGUGGAGCAGACGGUAGCAUGUGUUCUUGUGGUGAGAAAGCGGCGCUUCUGCACGUGCCCUCAACCAUGAAGCUUUGGCCGUGGGUGCAACGUCUCUUCAGCUUCCUCAGUCCACCUUUCCUCGAGAAGGCGAGCGAAGAAGCUUUGUUCAAGUCUCGCACGGAGCAGGGCGAGGCGAUCGGUGGUGGAUUUUGGGGUGCUGAGGGCGAGAAGGAGAUGUCUUCCAUGAGGCAGGGGACGCUGAGGUGGGCCAUGUCUGUGGGAGCGACGCUGGUAUCCAAGAACUGUGCCGGCCACCCAACCCAAUCCAACCCAUACCAACCCAUACCCAGUUUUCCACCAUUGCGAGCCACUUGCUUGAAAGGCCACGCUGCCAACAAACAACGGGAACUAUGCGGAUGUACAAUUCGAACGCUGGGAGCGAAAUGA